AUGGUAUCAAAUAUUGUAUUAAGAGAUGGUACAAUCCAUUUAUCUAAAAUAUUUUGUUAUUCAUACCAUGCAAAAAAAAUUAAAUUUCGGAUUGGCGAUCCUCAUGACGCCGAUGUUAUACUGGUUGCUGCUGAUGGUAGCAAACUUCCAUCACAUCUAUGCAUUUUACGACAACGAGCGCCAGGCUUUUAUCGAACUUAUAUAAAGCCGACUUUAGUAGCAGCCAACCGACAAGCAAUUUCAAAUAGUCUUCUCGAAGUGGCUGUUGGCGAUAUCGAUUCAGCUGGACUGAAAUUUUUCUUAAAAUCAGUGUACACUGAUGAUGAAAUCUCUCAAUUGCCUGGAUAUAGUGAAAACGAUGAUGAGGGAUCUCAUGUUACAAAAGCGUUUUACGAUACGAAAGAAUCAACCGAUUUUGAAAAAUGCAAUCAAGAUGGUAAUAAUGGAGAAUUUGAUUACAUACCAGUCGAUUCAUAUCAUUACUUAGAAUUUCUCGUUAGGCUUGCUUCACUGGGUGAUAAUUAG